CAGCCCCGGCCCGCACCCCGAGAGCUCUCCCAGAGCUCCCGUGGCACUCAGGGUGCUCUCCCAGAGCUCCCGUGGCCUCCACUCUGCCUCUGUAGUCGUCACUUGUGCCCCCAGGUUGCCCAUUCCUCUCCUGUGGCUCCUGCAGCCCCCAGUGCCCGUUCAGAGCCCCCGCCUCAGCUCCUCUGUCAACGGGAUCCAGAGGAGGUUCCUUCAAACUUCGUUUUCAGGCCCGAAGCUGCAGCCCCGCAGUGAAGAGCAGAGAAGGCAGGAGGAAGCACAACCCCUCUGCUGUUAUGGCAGGGGGAAGGCGGGGCCCUAACCGGACCUCCUACUGCAGAACCCCCCUCUGUGAGCCCGGAGCUGCUGGCGGCUCCGGACACUCCAACACCUCCUCUGUCACAGGGGUGCGCUCACGCACCAGGAGUGGCUCAGGUACAGGCCUUUCCAGCCCACCUUUGGCAGCUCAGACAGUCGUCCCCCUCAGGCACUGUAAGAUCCCAGAGCUGCCCAUGGAGAGGAGUGUCCUGUUCGAGCUGCAGCUCUUCUUCUGCCAUCUGGUUGCUCUCUUUGUGCACUACAUCAACAUCUACAAAACCGUGUGGUGGUACCCACCUUCCCACCCACCUUCACACACCUCCUUGAACUUUCAUCUGAUUGACUUCAACGUGCUGACAGUGACCACCAUUGUCCUGGCACGCCGGCUGAUCGGGGCUAUUGUGAAGGAGGCUUCACAGAGUGGCAAAGUCUCCCUGCCACGCUCUGUGUUCCUGGUGGUCACUCGUUUUGCUGUUCUCACUGGCACAGGCUGGAGUUUGUGUCGGUCGAUCAUUCACCUUUUCAGGACCUACUCUUUCCUUAAUCUCCUCUUCCUCUGUUACCCGUUUGGGAUGUACAUUCCCUUCCUUCAGCUCAACUGUGACUUUCGGAAGGUGGGACUCUUCUCCCAGGUGGCCAACAUCGGUCCCAGGGAGCCCAGCGAGGUGACCUCCAGGGGCAGGGACUACCUGACUGUCCUGAAGGAGACCUGGAAGCAGCACACCCGGCAGAUGUAUGGCAUGGAGGCCAUGCCCACUCAUGCCUGCUGCCUCUCCCCAGAUCUCAUCCGCAAUGAGGUGGAAUACCUGAAAAUGGACUUUAACUGGCGGAUGAAAGAGGUGCUGGUGAGCUCCAUGCUCAGUGCUUACUACGUGGCUUUUGUGCCUGUCUGGUUUGUGAAGAACACUCAGUACUAUGACAAACGGUGGUCGUGUGAGCUCUUCCUCCUGGUGUCUAUCAGCACAUCAGUGAUCCUCAUGCAGUACCUCCUGCCUGCCCGUUACUGUGAUCUGCUCCACAAAGCUGCAGCACACCUGGGCUGCUGGCAGAAGGUUGAUCCAGCCCUCUGCUCCAAUGUCCUCCAGCAUCAGUGGACAGAGGAGUGCAUGUGGCCACAGGGGGUGUUGGUGAAACACAGCAAGAAUGUGUACAAAGCUGUGGGGCACUACAAUGUGGCAGUGCCCUCGGAUGUCUCACACUUCAGAUUUCAUUUCUUUUUCAGCAAACCACUGAGAAUCCUCAACAUCCUGAUCCUGCUGGAAGGAGCUGUCAUCUUCUACCAGCUUUACUCACUGAUUUCUUCAGAGAAGUGGCACCAGACCAUCUCACUGGCACUGAUCCUCUUCAGCAAUUACUACGCCUUCUUCAAGCUGCUGCGUGACCGUCUGGUGCUGGGCAAAGCCUACUCCUACUCUGCCAGCAGAGACUCAGAGCAGAAGUUAAAUUAAAACAAUUGCACUGAUGCUCAGCUUAAUACAAAACAAACAAAACGAGGAACCCUCAGAGCUUUGUAUUUUUGUUACCACUGCUUUUUUUUUUCUUUGAUAACUGAUGUAAUUAAAAGGAAAAAACAUAUUUUUUUACUCCCAA